UGUAUACAAAAUAAAUGCAUAAAUAUAAGUGGUUUUUUUGGAAGGAGGGGAAAGCACUAGCAUCUGGGGAUAAAGAAAAGCCUUAAUAUAUGAUGACCCUUGAGCUAAGGAAACUAGGAUCUUAAAAAGGAGAAGGAAGUGAGGUGGUAACACAUUCCUGAUGGGGGAGAAUGGCCUAUACAAAGGCAGGGAGUUGAGAGAGGGAGUGUUUUGUGUGAGGAACAGCAAGGAGGCCAUUUUGGCAGGACUGUAGAGCAUGUGAAGAGAAAUUAUGUGCAGUAAGUUUGGAAAGGUUAGGUUGGAGCCAGGUUGUGAAGUAGAAAAGGUCGGAAUGGAAGCUAGUACUGUUUUUGCCUUUCAUUGUGUUCCCAGCUUAGCACUGUGCCUGGUAGAUAGUAAGCACUUAAUAAAUGCUUAUUGACUGACUGUUUCAGAGAUGCUUCCUUGGAGAGAUCAGGCCCUGACUCUAUCUGAGGAGGUACUCACACAUGUCCCCAAAUUUAUCUUACUUCUACAAAUUCAGUGUUCUGAAUGUCUCUUUCUGGGUUAUUGCAGCUCCUCCUCCCCCACCACCCUUAAUUCGAAAUGGUGCCCGGGAUGCUCCACCUCCACCUCCACCAUACCGAAUUCAUGGCUGUACAGAACCCCUGAGCAGAGGAAAACCCCCACCUCCACCUUCAAGGACACCAGCUGGGCCACCUCCACCACCUCCACCACCCCUGAGAAAUGGCCACAGAGAUUCCAUUGCAACAGUUCGAUCUUUCUUGGAUGAUUUUGAGUCCAAGUAUUCCUUCCAUCCAGUAGAAGACUUCCCUGCUCCAGAAGAAUAUAAACACUUUCAGAGAAUUUACCCCAGCAAAACAAACAGAGCCACCCGUGGGGCCCCACCCCUGCCGCCUGUCCUAAGGUGAAGCCCAAGUGGGUCCUAUUCCUCAGCAAAAGGAUGGACCUCCUCCAGUUCUCAAAUGGUUCCUACUGCUUCCCCAAAACCUGCAUGAGAACUUCCAUUGUGUUCUUCCAGUGCAUCCAGCUGCUCAGAAUUCAGCAUCUCUCCCAGCUCAUCUUCAUGUAUGCAUCUCCUCACUGGACUUGAUUGGACUCUCUUAUUUUGGCAGUGGGUUCCCUGUUCCUCCACUUCCCUUCAUCUAGUGAACCCUGCUAGCUGUGUGAGGAAAUAGUUUCUGUCUCCUGUUCUCUCUUUGGAGAGAGGUGCCUUGUGAUGAAUUCACUAAUCAGAGCAGGGUGAAGACAGUAUCCUUCUUGUUUCCACAUCAAAUUCUUCUCCCUUCCCCCACCCGCGGGAAGCCAAAUGGGUAUAUGUGAACUUCAAGCCAUUAGGGAGCUUGGCAUAGCCAUUACCACCUCUGUUCUUUGUGGGGAGAGUGCCAUCUUCAGUAAAAUAGGAAAGAAGUAUAUGGAGAUGUUGUCUGCUUCAUAGGUCACACAGUUGCAGAGCAGGAGAGGAAGAGGUCUGCUUUCUUCUUGGGGUAUCUUUUUUUUUUUUUUACACAGGGUUAAAGUUCUGGACUACAUUUGGGUUUACUAAUCAGUUAAGCUUAAAGCAGAUACUAAAACGGGACAGUGGGCUCAAGCUAAGGGCUUCUUAGCUCUAGUCAAUUCCUCUAUAACAGAGGGACCAAAAGAGGAUUUAGUCCUCAGGAGCCCCCUGCCUCAUUUACCCAGGAUCCUGGGUGGCCAAGUAGGCUCAAUUGAAGAACCUUUCUAAUCUUUUGGAUCACAUGCUAAGGAACCAGUGCAGGUCCACAGUGGUCCCAAUGGGAAAAGAUGGAGCUGAAUUGCGUAUGUGUAUAUGACCAGAACCUCCUUGUUAUAACCUAGACCAAACCCAGUGCUGGUUUACCUUCAUUAUUUUUCCAUGUACUGUUGGUUUGAUUAGGUCAAUUGUAGGGAAAUGUUUUUUAACUAUUCUUAUUUUAAAACCUGGUAGCAGUUAUCCCCCAGAGACGCCCUCAGCACAUGGGAUUGAGAGGAGAUGGAAAGGCUUCCCCGGCAAGGAGCCCUAGACUGGGGGAAGGAAGUAGGAAAGCUUGGUAUUUAAUCAUACUGAUCAUUUAUUUAGUCCUGACUGUGAAGUCUUCAGAUCAUUGUCGAAAUGGAAAUUGGCAACUUUUACACAAUGUUCUGUGAUGGUGUUUUUCUUUAAAAUAUUCAAAUAUAGAAAACAGAAAGAGAAAUACUUGUUAUCACAAAAGCCAAACCCUGCCUUUUCUUCUGGGGUUGGCACCUUUCUUCCUAUUACUUGUUCCUUUGGAUUUUAGACUGUGUCACAUUGGCAUCCAUUAUACUUUCACUGGCUUGCCUCCUGAAAAUGGUUGGCUAAGCUCAAGUCAAUUGGAUUUUUCUUCUUCAGAGUGUGUUGAUAAUCCAUUAUGUAUUUGGAUGUCUGCCUUAUACACUACUCUGUCUCACUGGUGGUACUGGAUUUAUUAUCAUGACACAACUAGAACAGUAAUUCAUUCAGCAAAUUUAUUAAGAGCCUACUCUUGAGUAAUGGGAAUGUGACUCAUAGUUACUGAUCUAUUUUGUAUGUUAAAAAAAAAACACAAAAACUUGUAAUAUAGGUUUAAGGUGGGCUGGCUGCAAGGGCACUAAACUUCUCACCUUUGAACUCCUCUUUUCUCUGCUUGUGGGAAUGUUGUUACCUCCUUAGUUGAAGAUUGGGUGGGUCUCAUGUUGAGGCUACUCCCAGUCAACAAACCCUUAUGUCCCCUCUCUGAAGGAAGAGAUGUUGCCCAGCUCUGCUCAUCAGAAAGCUGAGUUAAAAGCCCCCUGGUUGGGUUUGUUUUUUUUUUUCCCUAAUGGGAAAAACUUAAUAUUUGUUUCCUAUUGCCCUGGCUGCAAAGCAGAUGGGUAGCCUCAAGUCUAAAUGAGAGCAGUACCCCUCUACUUCUGCUAAUCUACCCAGAUCAAAGCACUUUGACAUUGUGUGUGGUUCUGUGUAUUAGGGGGUUGGAAUGCUGCUCAAGCUUCAAACCUUUGCUUUUCCUGAAACCAGGGCUCUUAGGCUAUUGGAGUGGCUGUAGAGUUCCUAGGAACACAUCCCAGCCGUCUUUAUUUGGCGAAGGGCAGGGAGGACCUGUCUUUGGCCUCCUGACUUGAAGCCCAAAUGAACCUCUAGGGAGAGGUAAGAAGAAAAUGUGUAAAUAGACUUAAGCAUUGCUACAGAGUAACUCAGGGCUGGGGUAUAUUUUAAAUUAUCCUGAUCACUUGAAAUAACUCAUAGACUAAGUGAAUUUUGGAAUGGGGGAGGAAAUGUGUCCCCAUAGUUCUCUUACCCUGAGGGGGCUAAGGGGAGGUAAAUAGGGGUUGUCUAAGGAUCUGUUUUUAUUUUUAAUGGCACUACACUGAGUUGUCUGUCCUGAAAACCCAACCUGGGAUCAAUGGCAAACCAAAUUCCUUACAUUCCAGUCUUGGUCUUCCCCUGGCUCUAAGGUCAGGGUGGCUCCCUGCCAAUCAUUCCUUAGAAUUGGGAAUGUGAGAGAAUUGGCCCACUGCAACAUUGCCUUUGAAAUUCAUCUGCUUUAAAACAACAAAAGCAAGAAUGUGCAAAAACAAAAAAAAAAUGGAAAACUGUUGAAUAGAAGGAAGUUUUUGGAUCCAUUCAACUCCACAUUCAUUGUGCCUUUACCCUAUGUCAGGCAUCUGUGCUCUGUAUUCCUCUUGGACUGAAGCAAUUUAAAUCUCUCUUGUCUCCUGCUGUUUCUUUCUUCCUCUGUACAUCUUUGUAGACCUGGUGGGCUGCUUCUCUAAUCCUUGUGAGUCUCAUUCCACCAGUGGCAGAGGACCAGCUUCUCUUUCUCCCUACCUCUUUUUCUCCCCUAGAGUGACAAGCAUGGAUGUCACAGUAAUCAACACUGUAUAAAUACACCCAGAAUGAUGAGAGAUAGUGUGUGUACAUGUGUGCUCGAGAGUGUGAGAGUGUGUGUGUGUGUGUGUGUAGUGUCUGCAUGUAGAUGGAUUUUUAAAAAUAAUUUAUUGUAUGAAUAUAUGGAUGUUAUGUUUUGAUCCAUGAUUCUCCUUCCCUAGUUGUGUUGAUUUUUUUCUCCCUUCCUCCCCUCCCCCCAAGAUGUACAGUCUGGUCUCAGGUUGGAUUCUUUGGUACACUUACUUCUCCCUUCUGGGUGCCAUGCAGCUAUUUAAUUAAACCUCAUUUUACAAACCAAA